AUGCAUCAUAAGAAACAUGAAACCCGCCGUCAGUCAGCAUCAACAUCAUUAUCAUCGUCAACACAUCAUUAUCGUUUGGCAACAAGAUCUUCCACGCUCAAAUUAACCAAACCGAAUAAAGUUAAACGUUUAAUUAAAUCAUCAACAGCAAGAAACGACGAAACUCGAUUGACCAAUAAGCGAAUUAGUGAAUGCUAUCAACAUUCAACACCUUUAUCAACUGGCAAUCUUGCCCUAUUCGCGCAAAAUACUCAUACCUCAUCUCCGCUCUAUCUUAAUCGUCGUCGACAAACAAGUCUUGGAAAUAUGACAUCCUAUUCUGCACUUAAGCGUAAAGCUCAACGAUCUGAUAUUUCGUCGAGUACAUCUCGAUUUCAAGUUAAUCUUGAACAUGUCCUUGGUUUCACAUCAAUCUCGAAUUCACUUGUCAGUCAAGAUCGUUCAACGAUCGCCUAUGCUGCAGGUUCAACUGUUGUUCUCUAUGAUAUCAAUACACAGAAGCAAGACUUUAUUGUUAAUACUGCUCGCAAAGCAAUUACAUCACUGUCAAUUUCUCCCGAUGGACGAUAUGUCGCAACCGGCGAAUGUGGACAUGAUCCAAAAGUUCGUGUCUGGGAUUUAGCUAGUGAUAAGACUGUCUGCAUCGAAUUGGGUGAUCACAAAUUUGCCAUUGAUUCAGUUUGUUUUUCACCUAAUGUUGAUCGUCUUGUUUCAAUUGGUUCUUUGCAUGACGGGAAUAUUUAUGUGUGGAGCUGGAAAGAUAAGAAAAAGCUAGCUUCAAACAAAUGUACAUGUUCGAUCCGUCGUAUUGCCUUUGCCGAGGAUGGAAGUUAUUUUGUUACAGUUGGCAAUCGUCAUGUCAAAUUUUGGUAUUUGAUCUCGACAGCAUCGCUUGAAGUUGUUCCAUUACGUGGUCGUUAUGCAAUCUUAGCCGAACGUAAAGAUAACUUCUUUACUGAUGUUGUUUGCGGUCGAGGUGAUUGUGCUGGAAUGACCUAUGUGAUUACGUCAAACGGAUUGAUUUGUCAAUUCGAUGAACACCGACAAAUGCGAGGCGAACGAGAUCUUCAAGAAAAAACAAAUUGUUUAGCUAUUGGUGAUUUAUAUCUGGUGGUUGGCUGUGCCAAAGGUGCUGUCUACAUAUUUUCUCCUCAAACUCUUGAAUAUGUUAUGUCUAUUCCUCUACCACAUUAUUUGGGUGUUGAUAUUAGUUUUAUCACUUCGAUCGAUCAAAUGGUUUGUCCUCAACAACAAAACUUAUCAUUUCCAGAUACAAUAGCCGUUUGUUUAGACGAAGAUAAAUCAGUGUUAACAUGUUUCUACAAUGAUCAUAGUUUUUACAUUUGGGAUAUCAAAAAUAGCAAAGCAAUCAGAAAACGUGAUUCGCACAUGUAUCAUUCCGGAUGCGGUUGGGGCAUUGAAACAUACUCUCGAACAAAUGCAUCACCGUCGUUUCUUCGACAUCUGACUUGUAUAACGUGUUCAUCUGACAAUACUAUUCGAUUUUGGUCGUUGAAUCAUGACGAGUCCGAUGCGUACUUUGUUUCAACUCCCGCACCGAAUAUUUUCAGUAGACAACUGAUCAAGGUUGUCUAUCUAGACGAGGAUUACUCCAAACUCUGCGAUAGUCAAACGACGCAAGAACGACCUGAAUUCGUACCGAAGAUUGGUGGUCGUAGUAUGAAACUAAAUCCCGAUGGUCUGUCCAUCGCCAUUGGUGACCGUAAUGGAAACAUUCGUAUAUAUGAUAUGCAAACAUUUAAGCAAAUCGCUCUCGUUGAAGCACACGAUAGUGAAGUGUUGAGCGUUGAUUACGGUCAAUCAACAGACUGGGGUGUGACAUUUUUAGCGUCAAGUAGUCGUGAUCGUUUUGUUCAUAUAUUUGAUGUAUCAAAAGAUUAUCAACUUGUCGCAACAUUAGAUGACCAUUCGGCGGCGAUAACCGCUGUUCGAUUUACCGUUUCAUCGGUGACAUCAAAUCUGCAAUUAAUUUCAUGCAGUGCUGAUAAAUCGUUGAUCUUUCGAUCAAUUUCUAAGAAUGAAAAUGGCAAAUAUCAAUUCAUUCGUUCAAAUAAUAUCGUCGAAAAACAGACCUUCUAUGAUCUAGCAAUUGAUCAUAAUCGUGAACUUGUCAGUACAGCUUGUCAAGAUCGAAUGAUAAGAGUGUACAAUACUCAAGAUGGUAAACGAGUUCGAACAUGUAAAGGUUCAAUGAAUGAUGAUACGGGUUACUUAAUUAAAAUCGAUAUCGAUGCGUCCGGUAGAUAUUUAGCGACGUCAUGUUCGAACAAAUGUGUUUAUCUGUGGGAUAUCAUCACAACUGAAUGUGUGGCAUCCCUUUGCGGUCACAGCGAAGUUGUAACAGAUUUAAAAUUUAGUGAAGAUGGGCACCAUUUAUAUACGAUAUCGGGUGAUAGCUGUAUAUUUGUUUGGAAUAUUGCGGAAUUAGCCAUUGUACCAACGAUAUGUCGCAUGCAAUCGGUGCCAUUGCCGAAGUCGACUGAUCUAGAAAUCACCGAAGUAGAAGAAUCGAUCUCACAGACACCAAGUAUCAUCGAAGAACAUCAACCUCAAUCAAAGCGGCAGCGUAGUUUAUGGGCAACUACCGAACCUCGACUACCGCCAUUUGAACCGAAAUAUACGCAUCCACCAUUACCAGAUAUCGUCAAUGAAGAUUUAUCCGACAAAAUGAUUCGUUCGGCAAGUUCACAAGACGAUGAAUCCGUUUUUCUCGAUGAAGAGGAUGAUUCAACAAGCGCAAAUGCGGAUGCAACAGCAAGGAAAACCAAUUCAUUCUUUGCAGAAAACUAUGACCUUGAAAAUUUAACAGAGAGUGUCACUAUCGAUGAUGAACUUUCCGCGCGUCAAGUUCAACGACGAAAGAGUGUUUCAUCACGCUUUCGCUCAGUAUCCAAAGAGACGACAAUAACCGAAAGUUUGUCGACAUCGAUGAAUACGACCCAAGAAGAUGUUUCCAUGUCUUCAACUCGAAUACCAAAAACUGUACGAUCACAAGUAUUGACAAAUACUGAACCAAAAACAGCACCACCGAAAUCAUCAACUACACGAAAAACUCGUGGUAAUCGAGCACAAUCGGAAGAUCGCUUUCGCGCAUCAACUCUUUCUCUCAAUACAAACACUGGAGAUACAACAUCAUCCUCAUCCUCACAUUCUUGUCUACCAUCAUAUGCAGCACAUACAUCCAGUUCGAUGAGUAAACUUCGUGAAGGUACAACAUCGUCGACACCACCACUCGUACCCACAUUUGUUUCAUCGAUGUCGGUGACAUCAUUAAGCACGAAUACUCAAACACGUCGUGUACCGUCUGCUCUUCCGACAGAUACACGUCCGAUAUCGGCAGCUAAAACCAUGACAAAAUCUCGGUCGACACAAAAUCUCGUUCUUCCCACGAAUACAAGUUCACAAUCAAAACUCACCACUGUACGUCGCGUGAAAAUCUCUCGGGUUCCUCGGCGACCACCGAAUCUACCUACUGCACCAAAUGUUCCAUCAUCAUCGUCAUCCACAUCAUCAUCCAACACAUCAUCCCCGACAAAGCUCAAUCAAACCAAAGAGAAUGCUCAAACAAAAAAAUAUCACCAUCCACCGUCCAAUUCUUCUCUACAAGAAUCCACCAGUUUACCACUGCGAGAAUUAGACAAUACAACAAAUGAUCAAAUGCCCAAAUGGGCUCAAGAUUGUUUCUAUCGUACAGUUGUACUCGGUUUGAAACCUUUACUUCUUCAAGACAUACCCGGCUCACCGAGUAGACCAGCGAAACGUUCGUCCAGCACAUGUUCUGUCGAAAGUUCCGAUUCUCUCGAAACGGCAAAUGAUUUACAGGCGUGUACAUUAAAUGAUAAUGAUAAUUCCAAAGAUAUUAAAGUCCGCCGAAGUAUUUCAAUCCCUGAUUAUCGACAAAUCAAGCAAGUGCAUAAAAUGUUACAACCAGCAUUGUCCGAAUCAACAAUGAAUGAUCCGAAAGACGAUGAAUCCAUCAUGAAUGAUGAUCGCAUGCCGGUUAUCAACGAUCUUGUUGAUGAUCUUCACAAACGUCUAAAUGAAUUAGAAAAUGUUUAUUCAACAGUCUCCCAAAGCUCAGAUAGUCGAGAUAUAAUGUUAAAGCAAUAUAUCGAACAGAUAUUUACCGAUCUUCAUGUACGCAUUGCCAAUAAUCACCAACAGCAACAACAAGAACACGAAGAACGUCCCACGAAUUCCACUGUUGUCGUUGUUACUGAAUGA